GGGCUCAGCCAAUCAGCAGCGCGCUUGCUGCGGGGCGGGCGGGAGCGGCCGUUGGCGGCGGGAAGCGGCGCGGCUCGGACGCGGUCUGGUGCAGCGCUAUGGGUAAUGCGCCGGCGGAAGAUGAAGUUGCACUCUUUGAAAGAGAUAUGAAAGAGUUUUGGAUCCAGUUUAAAAUCAGUUAUGGCACUGAACAGAACAACCAGACUUCAGCGUUGAGAGAUUUGUGCAAGGAGACUUUAGAAGCUCUUUCAGAGAAAUGGUCCAAGAAGCUGAAAGAAGAGGACGUGAUGAUUGACAAAAUUCACGAGUAUAACAAUGAGAUUCUCCAGCAGAGCAAAUACAUAGCAGAAAAGGAAGAGCAGUUGACAGAAAUAAAAUCAAAGCUAAAUCAAGAACAAGAGCAGCAGAAAAACUUGACUGACAGCAUCCAAGAGCUUAAAAAAGAGUUGAUGAAGAAAAUGGAAAUAAAAUCUUCUAAAAAUAAAGCUGCCAAGGAGAAAGUGGAACAAGUGAGCAAGAUUAAAGCAUUGUUUAAAGAGCAUCUUGCACUGGAGAUGCGUAGAAUUCCAGAUGAGCAAUUACAGUUUAUAUUCAGGCACAUUGACCACAAAGAUCCUGAUAAGCCAUACGUGUGUACCCUUUCCAUAAAUGAACAAGGGGACUAUGAAGUGACUUCCUGUACUCCUCCUCUGGACUGUAUUGCAGAGCUACAGCUUAAACUGAGAGAAACUAACAAUUUUUCUGCAUUUGUUGCCAACAUCAGAAAAGCUUUCACUGCUUUAUCAUAUAAAUAGUCUGCAUGAAACUGGUUUGUACCUCUCUUUCUGUAUGUAGAGCACUCUUACUCCCUUCCUGUUGGUGAAAUGGUGUAUUUAUCCAUGUCUGACUCCUAAUUUCUAAAUAAAGAUAAUGAAAGCAGUA